AUGUCUAGCAAAUCUACCAUGAGGAGCCAAAGCAUCAGCCACCGUGGCUUCAGCGCCAGCUCAGCCAGAGUCCCAGGGGUCUGCCGCUCUGGCUUCAGCAGUGUCUCCGUGUCCCGCUCCAGGGGCAGUGGUGGCUUUGGUGGAGCGUGUGGAGGAGCCGGCUUUGGCAGCAGGAGCCUCUAUGGCCUGGGUGGCUCCAAGAGGAUCUCCAUCGGAGGGGGCAGCUGCGCCAUCAGUGGCGGAUAUGGUGGCAGAGUUGGAGGCGGCUUUGGCUAUGGAGGUGGAGCCUCAAGUGGAUUUGGUUUUGGUGGUGCAGCUGGUGGUGGCUUUGGGCUCGGUGGUGGACCUGGCUUUGCUGGUGGCUAUGGGGGCUCUGGCUUCCCUGUGUGCCCUCCUGGAGGCAUCCAAGAGGUCACCGUCAACCAGAAUCUCCUCACUCCUCUGAACCUGCAAAUCGACCCCACCAUCCAGAGGGUGAGGACUGAGGAGCGAGAGCAGAUCAAGACCCUCAACAACAAGUUUGCCUCCUUCAUUGACAAGGUGCGGUUCUUGGAGCAACAGAACAAGGUCCUGGACACCAAGUGGACUCUGCUCCAGGAGCAGGGCACCAAGACUGUGAGGCAGAACCUAGAGCCCUUGUUUGAACAGUACAUCAACAACCUCAGGAGACAGCUGGACAGCAUCCUGGGGGAGAGGGGCCGCCUGGACUCAGAGCUGAGGAACAUGCAGGACACAGUGGAGGACUUCAAGAACAAAUAUGAAGAUGAAAUCAACAAGCGCACAGCAGCAGAGAAUGAAUUUGUGACUCUGAAGAAGGAUGUGGAUGCUGCCUACAUGAAUAAGGUUGAACUGCAAGCCAAGGUAGAUGCUCUCACAGAUGAGAUCAACUUCACCAGAGCCCUGUAUGACGCAGAGCUGUCUCAGAUGCAAACCCAUGUCUCAGACACUUCCGUGGUCCUGUCCAUGGACAACAACCGUAACCUGGACCUGGACAGCAUCAUCGCUGAAGUCAAAGCCCAAUAUGAGGAGAUCGCUCAGAGGAGUCGGGCUGAGGCUGAGUCCUGGUACCAGAGCAAGUAUGAGGAGCUUCAGCUUACAGCAGGCAGACACGGGGAUGACCUGCGCAACACCAAGCAGGAGAUUUCUGAGAUCAACCGCAUGAUCCAGAGGCUGAGAUCCGAGAUCGACCAUGUCAAGAAGCAGUGUGCCAACCUGCAGUCCGCCAUUGCUGAUGCUGAGCAGCGUGGGGAGAUGGCCCUCAAAGAUGCCAAGAACAAGCUGGCUGAUUUGGAGGAUGCCCUGCAGAAGGCCAAGCAGGACAUGGCCAGGUUGCUGAAGGAGUACCAGGAGCUGAUGAAUGUUAAACUGGCCCUGGAUGUGGAGAUCGCCACCUACAGGAAGCUGCUGGAGGGCGAGGAGUGCAGGCUGAGUGGCGAAGGCGUUGGACAAGUCAACAUCUGUAAGUACCUUUGCUCACCCCCUCUCUCCUUCACAGCUGUGGUGCAGUCCACUGUGUCUGGAGGCUAUGGCAGUGCUGGUGGCUAUGGCAGUGCCAGCGGUAUGGGCGGUGGCUCAGGCCUGGGCGGAGGCAGCGGCUACUCCUAUGGCAGCAGCCACAGCCUUGGAGCUGGCUUCAGUUCCAGCAGUGGCAGAGGCAUGGGGGGUGGCUUCAGCUCCUCUGGAGGUAGCAGUUCCACCAUCAAGUAUACCACCACCUCAUCUUCCAGCAGGAAGAGCUACAAGCACUAA